UGCGUGAAAAUAAUCGUAUAACAGUUUACCAGAACGUUUUUACUUCUGCAGCAUGCAAAAUUAAAAUCACUUAAAACGACGAUUCCAGUUUAAAAUCAGUGCAAAAGAAUAACUAUUUCACAAUGACUUCCACCAAGGAAGCAGACGUAGAAACCGACACAAUCCUCGAACUGCUAGAGAUCUUCAUCCACUCAAUCCUUUUCGCGCGCGAACUCUACCCGGCGGCAAUUUUCCGACCGUGCCGAGCCUACAACAUUCCGGUCCAGGUUUCGAUAUUCAAACCCUUGAACGACUAUCUGGAAAAGACGCUUCGUGCCGCCCGGGAACUCAAACGCCAACGCAAACUGCACAAGGUAGAACUGCUGGUGUACAAGGAGGAAUCCGCCGGUCAGCUGGAAAGUUACGUCCUAGAGCUGGAGGACCGCGAGUUUCGGCUCGAAUCAGACGAGCACAUGAUUCAGCUCGAGGAGCAGAUCCGGCGCUCGCUGUUGAAUUUGGAUCGCCAGCUGAAGGCGCUGCGCAAGCUGCCCUCGGCGGCAACGUUCAAAAUCUUGCUCCACACGACGGAGGCGGCCUUUGUGCGCCUCGAGAACGAUCCCCGGCUGCAGGGCGCUCCGUUUGUGCAGGAGGCUGGCCAGGACGCGGGUCAUAAAACCAACACGCAGUUGUUGCCCGUUUCGCAUACGGCCACCGUUGGGGUGCAGCUGUACGUCGAGGAGUAUCUUUGAAGGUGGUUGAUGAUGGUUAGGUAUUUAUUGUUGAAAGUUGUAAUAAAUCAUUCAAAAUAUUUUAAAAUGA